GCUGGCUGCUCUCAAAGUUAAAAAGAGACUUUGUUUAUCUUGCAGGCUGUUUGCUCAUCAAACGCGCUCUCGGCGUGAGGGUUCACCUGCUCCUCUGCCAACCUGGCCCUCCUGCUGUUUACUCUUUUCUUGGAGAUCCCUUGCUAGCUCUACACACGUUAAUUAUAAUUUGUGCUGUUUAGCGUUAUUCAUAUUAACCCUUUUUGCGAUUUAGCUUAGACGUGCACCGCUGAAAAAAACCUUUUAUCUCUACUAUCUUACACAUUAGCUAGUUCCUGCUCUGCGCUGUUGAGUUGCUGUUUUCGAGUGGAUUGUUUUUUGCACCUCAGUGGAAGAACAAGAAAGAGGAGCGAGUUCUCGAGCGAGUUUCGUCAUGGCGACCGAAGUGGGCGCUUUGUCUUCGGCUCAGCAGGAAGACGGAAUACUCUCUCAGGACAACGCACGGGAAGAGUUGGCACACCCCUACGGCGACGAUGACGACAACGACUUAAACGAGGCGGAGGUGAAUGGUAACUGGACCCCCCAGGAGAAAGCCCUUCAUGAGGCUCGUCUCAAAGCCAAAGCCAAACGACGCCUGCGCAAGUCGUCAUCCCGAAACUCCACCAGCGAGUCCCUCUCAGAGUCGGGGGACCCAACUGGUGGCGAGCCCCACAGUCCAAAAGGCAAAGUCUGCACCAAUGACCGCAAAUCCAGGACAGGCAAAGGCAGAGGUUUGCCGAAAAAAGGUGGAGCGGGUGGUAAAGGAGUUUGGGGGGCUGCUGGGAUGGUUUAUGAGGUUGAGGAACCUGAUGCUCACGACCCAAACUAUGAUGAAUCUGCUCAGGGAGAUACAGUUUAUGAAACAGUUGUUCCAGAGGUAGACGAGAAGGAACUGGAAAAAAUGGUCAACCCAAUCGUCCAGGAGUACUUUGAACAUGGAGAUACAAAAGAGGUCCAGCUGCUAUUGAAGGAGCUCAACCUGGGACCCCAUAAGUACGAGUUCUCCUCUGUGGCCGUGUCCUUGUCCUUGGAAGGCAAAGCAAGCCACAGAGAGCUGACCUCCCGUUUACUGUCCGACUUGUCCGUUAAGCUCUUGUCCCAAAACGACAUGGCCCGAGCCUUCGACAAGAUGCUCAAAGAGCUCCCCGACCUCAUUCUGGACACACCUGAGGCUCCUCAGAUGUUGGGCCAGUUUAUAGCCAGAGCCAUAGCGGAUCACGUCCUUCCCAUGUCGUUCCUUGACUGUUACAAAGGCAAAGUGGACUGCGAGCAUGCCAGAGUGGCUUUGGACCGUGCUGCAGUGCUGCUGUCUAUGAAGAGAGCAAUGGUGCGUCUCGACAAUGUGUGGGGAGUGGGAGGCGGCCUCAAACCUGUUAAACAUCUUGUCAAAGAGAUGAAUCUUCUGCUGAAGGAAUACCUGACUUCUGGAGAAGUGUCAGAGGCUGAGCGCUGCCUACGAGAAUUAGAGGUCCCCCACUUCCAUCAUGAGCUGGUCUAUGAGGCUGUAGUAAUGGUGCUGGAGUCCAAAGGAAACACUGCAAGCCAUAUGAUGAUAAAGCUGCUGCAGUCCUUCUGGAAAACGGGCCUUAUCACUGUGGACCAGAUGAACAGGGGCUUCCAGCGGGUCUAUGAUGAAUUCCCUGAAAUAAAUCUUGACGUUCCACACGCUCACUCCAUCAUGGAGACGUUUGUGGACCUCUGCUAUCAGGAAUCUGUUAUCACCAAGCAGCUAAGAGAUGCCUGUCCCUCCAGAGGGCGGAAGCGUUUUGUAAGCGAAGGUGACGGCGGCGUGAUUAAAAACUGAUCCACAUGAUGAAGCGGAAACUCAGGAGGAGGAGAGAUGAUCCAGUAUUAAUCCGCGUAUCAUCUGGAUAGGAUGCUGGGAGUUUAAAGUUGCCGCAUUCCUCCACUGAGUACAUCACCAUUGUCACUCAGCUUUGGUUAAAGAAGACUGAAGGCCUUGAGUUCCCUUCAUUAUGUUCAUCACACUUUUUGAUUUUUGUAAGAAUGUUCGUUAUAUUUUGGGGUUGAGCCCACCCCUCUUGUUUCUCAGCUUUUGUACCUGUUAUUUGUUUUUGUUGCAGAAAUAAUAAAGUCACAGCAUCAAAUAAGAGGGGAAGUGGACCUAUUGGUGAAUGGGUGUUUUUCCUCCUGCUUUGCUUCACCAAAUUUAGCGUAUGAGUCGAUAAUAAACGGACAAAGCACUUAAUGAAAGCAUACAGUCAGUGUAAUGCAGCUCACCAAAGAGGAUCAACGCGUCUUAUUUCUGCUCCCAAUUUGUUUUUUGUUUUAUUAAGUUGUUCAACUGAGUUUGUUUAGCAAAGCAAGAGGGUGUGAAUUUGAAUCUUGUAUCAAGGGGCACAUAUUUUGUGAGACCGUGAACAUGUCAAUACUUUGGGAUUAUGGUGUAUGGGGGAAAAUGAACACACUUAAUAUGGUCAGCAGUAAAUUCUGGAAAGGUAAAUGCAAAGCUAGAGAGGAGAACAAAGCUGAAAAGUGUCUUUAGACAUGCUAUAUGUUCAUGUCUGGGUGUUAGCAAAUGGCCUUUUCAUUCUGGAGAUGGUUUUGUUGAACAGUCUUCACUGCUUUACAGUUUUACUUGUUGACCAAAAUUUGAAUAUGUAUGAAAAAAAAUAUUCAUUAAAAAGGAUACACAAAAAGGUUUCAGUAUUGUUUAUUCUUGCCACCGAUGGUUGUAAAAAAAUAAUUAUUGAACGGGUACAGUAGCAUCACAGUGUGUAUUUCAGUCUGAAUUAAUAACAAUGGUCUAAAGGGGAGAAAUCAGCAUAUCUUGGCCAGACGUGUAUUUUUUUUUUUUAUUUCAAGCCUUUUGCCAUGUUAACUGUUGUAUAAAAUAUUCUGUAUGUGCUGUACAUCUACAUCAUUAUUCACUGUGAAUAAGGGAAUGAAGAAUAAGUGCACAGGACUCAUCCAUUUGUGUAUAAAACUGUAAAAAUUGUUUUGUAUUCCCAGAGCCAUACAUCCACUUCACAAUCGAUAAUUUUGCUUCCAAUAAAAUAUAUUUCCCCUCCAGUAUUG